UUGGCGAAGGGGAAGCAAACGGGAGUCAGUCCUCAGGGACCCCUAGAGCCAGCGGUGACAAGUUGUCAGGGUUUCGGAUCACUGUGGGGAUAAUGAGGUGAAGGGUGGUUUUGUCAGUGGAAGGUGUCUGGCUCGGAUUUGGGAUUUAAUGUGCAGCCCAGAGACAGGGGAUUUGGGGCGUGCUGACAGUGAACCGAGGGUGGGGUCCAGGAUUCGGGAUCAGCCCAGAGGGGUGUGGCCAGUGUUUGGGGAGGUUCGCGGGUGUGCUUUGGAGGUGUGGGGACCCUGGUUGGUGCGAGUUUUGAAGCUCAACGGUUACAGUCCCCGUCUUACUCUCGUUGCUGAGACAAAAUACCCGCCACCCAAAGUUAAAGGGGGAAGGGUUUAUUUAGCUCAGUUUGUAGAGGUUUCAGUCUGUAAUCAGCUGGCUCCAAGGCAGGGUGCACAGUGGACAGGCAUCGCAGAGAAGAAACAGUUCGUGGCGUGCAGAAGGAAAGCUAUGGAAGAGGUCAAGAAGGAAUCAAAUCUAAAAUGAUCCUGCUUCAUUGCCAGUUCAGGGAGUCCAGCCCACAGGGCCUGGUUCCAGGAGCAAAACACACCAGGUGAAGUGGGAGGACGCUGCAGGACCUGGGUACCACCAUUGUGGAGACACCAUUGAUUGGAGACUAAGAUUUCUAGCUAGAAGUUUAGGGCAGAAGAAGAAGACUAAAAACACAGCCUCCUGAUUACUGGCCAUUUCCCAAUAACAGAAGAAAAUGAUUAAGACUCAGGAGUCACUGACCCUGGAGGAUGUGGCUGUGAGGUUCACCCAGGAGGAGUGGCAGCUCCUGGGCCCUGCUCAGAAGGACCUGUACCGGGAUGUGAUGCUGGAGAACUACAACAGCCUGGUGUCAGUGGGGUAUCAAGCCAGCCAGCCAGAUCCCCUUUCCAAGUUGCUACAUGGAGAACAAUGGACAGUGGAGGAUGCAAUCCACAGUCAAAUCUAUCCGGAAAUCCAGAAAGUUGAUAUACAGGUACGCUCACAAACUCAAAGAUGGCUGAAGAGAACAGAACGCCAUAAACAUAAUGCAUUUGGAAAUGUCGUUCGUCAGAGGAAAAGCAAUUUCCUUUUAAUGCAGAAUCAUGAUAUAUAUGACUUACAUGAGAAAACACUAAAAUCAAAUUUAAGUGCAGUUAAACAGAACAGAAGCUAUCAAGUAAAGAACCCUGUUGAGAUUAAUGGAGAUGGAAAAUCAUUCCUCCAUGCCAAGCAUGAAAAAUUUCAUACUGAAAUUAAAUUCCCAGAAUGUGAAAGUUCUGUGAAUACAAAUUCAUAUCGGAGAAUUCAAAAGACAGCUCAACCCCAUGUGUGCACUGAAUGUGGGAAGGCCUUCCUCAAGAGGUCUCGCCUCAUUGAUCACCAGAGAGUUCAUACAGGAGAGAGACCUCAUGUAUGCAAUGUAUGUGGGAAAGGCUUCUGCAGAAAGUCCAAGCUCACUGAACAUCAGAAAACUCAUAUACGAGAGAAACGGUAUGAAUGCACUGAAUGUGACAAAGCAUUCCCCUGGAAGUCACAGUUCAUUGCACAUCAGAAAAUUCAUACAGGAGAAAAACCCUAUGUAUGCAGUGAUUGUGGAAAGAGUUUCAUCAAAAAAUCUCGACUUAUUAAUCAUCAGCGAGUUCAUACAGGGGAGAAGCCUCAUGGAUGCAGUCUGUGUGAGAAAGCAUUCUCCACCAAGUCCAGGCUCAUUGAACAUCAGAGGACUCAUACAGGAGAAAAACCCUAUGAAUGUGCUGAAUGUAACAAGGCAUUCCGCUGGAAAUCACAGCUCAGUGCACAUCUAAAAACUCAUACAGGAGAGAAACCAUAUAUAUGCAGUGAUUGUGGAAAAGGCUUCAUUCAGAAAAGCAAUCUGACUGUACAUCAGCGAACCCAUACUGGAGAGAAGCCUUACACAUGCAAUGAAUGUGGAAGAGGCUUCAUCCAGAAGGGCAAUCUCCUUAUACAUCAGCGUACUCAUACUGGAGAGAAACCUUAUGUGUGUAAUGAAUGUGGGAAAGGCUUCAGCCAGAAAACAUGCUUGAUCUCACAUCAAAGAUUUCACACAGGGAAAACACCUUUUAUAUGUAAUGAGUGUGAAAAAUCCUAUUCACACAAGUCAGGUCUCAUUAACCAUCAGAGAAUUCACACAGGAGAGAAGCCCUAUAUGUGUGGUGACUGUGGGAAAGCUUUCAGAUAUAAGUCAUGCCUCAAUAGACAUCGGAGAACUCAUACAGGAGAGAGACCCUAUGGGUGCUCUGAUUGUGGGAAAGCUUUCUCCCACUUGUCCUACCUUGUUUAUCAUAAGGGAAUGUUGCAUGCAAGAGAGAAAUGUGUUGACUCAGUGAAGUUGAAAAAUACUUUCUCAGAGAGUCACAGCUUAUCACAAAGAAGUGAUCUACAGGAGAAAAAUCCUAUUAGCAUGGUGAUUGUGCAGAAGCCUUCUGAGACUUCAUUAAACAACAGUGAGUUUCAAGCAAAUAGGAAUAGAGCCAUUGUGGGACAGAGAUCCCAGAUUUUCACCCUUAGCAGAGAAUAUAGCUCAUGAAUAUAGCUUAGUGAAUGUAAUGGUGCUUUUAGUGAUCGAGUACAUCACAUUUUAUGUCAUAAAAAACACAAAGGAAUAAACCAUGAUACACUUAAGGUAGAAGACCCUUGAGUAAAACCUAGCUCACUGUUGGCCAGUAAGUGUAUGCUGAGAGAAAAACAGUAUGAAUGCAGAGACCAGGAAAGUCUUAUGGGAAGAUAGACCCUAUCAUCAGUGAUGAUGGAUCACAGAAAAUGAGCUGUUGUAGAAAUAUGUUAAGCAUGGAAAAGUCCUUGCCCAGAAAUAAGUUCUCUGCAGGCAUCAAGAGUGCAUGCAAAAUAGAAAUGGUUGGAAGACCUUUGAUAGCAGCAAAUGUGGCAGGGUUGCCAGUGGUAUGUUCUGCCUCAGUUGUCAGAGAAAAUAAUACAGAGAUAAAACUGAAUACACUAACUGGAACAUCUUCAGCAAAAUAUCAAAGAAGCAAAUAAGCCCAGUGAAAAUGAAGAAUAGUUCAGACAAUUCUGUCACAAGUCUAAAUCAUUAUAGAUAGUACAUGAUUUGCAUUUUAGGACAAUAUACCUUAAACGAACCUCUUGGUCAGUAUAUUAGUGGCUCCUUAAUUAAAAGAACGUGAUUUGCAUUGCACCUCAUUGGUCAAAGUUACAACACUACGCACCUCUCUUCCCCUUUUUUUCUGGCAUGAGUCUUCUGUUUCCACCCAGGACCAUUAUAUGGUUAACACUUGUAUUUCUUUGGUUCUAAGAAAUGAAGUCCUUCAAAAGGAAAUGGAAUAUGCUUAAUUCAGUAAUGUAAUGUGUAGAUGUGUUUAUCAUGUCAGGGAAUGAAGUUCCCAAUGAGUAUGGAAUGAGUAAUCAAUUAGCCACAUUCUUACCCUAGAAAGUAGUUCUCAUCCUCAUCCUAUGGUUUGUCUCAUUACUGGUAAACACCAUUGAGAGAAAUUUUUAUCAACUAUAUUACCUGGUGCUGUUCUAGAAAGUGUAGGUGAUGACUGAUGAACAAAACAAAAGCUCUUGCUAUUUUUGAGUCACCAUUUCAUUUAAACUAGAUUAUAUGCAUGUCAAAAUUUUAUCCUGCAGCUGGGUGUGGUGGUGGUGGUGGUGGCCUAUAAUCCCAGCACUUGGGAGGCUAAGGCAAGAGGAUAGCCAUGAGUUUAAUGGUAGCCUAGGGUACAUAGUGAGACCUUGUCUCCAAAAAAUGAAAAUUUACCCUCCAGUGCAUGUACUUAAAGGAUGUAUAUAGCUAUACUACAUGCCGUGGUGUCAAAGUAUCCUUAUAAGUUCUUGUUCAAGGAGCAUAUUGUCCUUUGAAGUGGGAGGGAGAAAGGAUUAAUUUUACAUACAACAGGAUAUGGAUACGUCUUCUAAAAUGAGCCUAUCUCUGUACCUAAAUUAUAAAUUCCUGCAUACUUUGCAGAUAAUUGUAUAUUCCCCAGUACAUAGCAAAAUAGAAAUUAUAUGUAGAGUUGGAAGGUAAAUGGAAGUGUAUGAAUGACUUAAUAGACUAAUCAAAAUAACUUCUCAUGGAAAGAAAGGGGCUAGUGGAAAGAAAUUCUAAGAAUCAGUAUCCCCCUCUAAAAAACCCCCAAGAUUGGUGAAGAUGUGAACCUUUUGGAAGUCUUGAAGAAAAAUCCUUAUAUUUAUCCAUGGACCUAUCAAUUUUGACUAUUGCCAUGAUCUCAAAACUCCAGGCUCCACUGACCUGCUGAGUUGGGAAAUGUGCUUUACCUUCAUCAUUUGCCCUUGUCAUCUCUCCUAUACACAGUUCUUUCCCUUAAUAAAGCUAGGCCUAGCUUGGAAA